AUGAUUGCACCACCCCCAGUGUCGCGCGCGAAUAAUCGUCCUGAACAGCCGCCGAUCAACAUAAUACAAUCAAAUAAAUUACGACUUCCUACCAUUGAAAUUCCGAAAUUUGACGGUAGUUGGGAAAAAUGGCUGCCAUUCCGGGAUACCUUUUCAUCCAUGUUACAUGGCAAUGAUACAUUACCUCAUAUUGAUAAGCUUCACUAUUUGAGAUGGGCCUUAGUGGGAGAUGCGCAUAAACUCAUCGAGUCCUUAGAAGUAAUAGGCGACAAUUAUCUAAUUGCAUGGGAAAUCAUAAAUGAUCGAUAUAAGGGUAACAAGGCAAUCGUUCAGCAUCACGUACGGGCUCUAAUUAACCUUCCGAAUCUCUCAAAGGAAUCAUAUUCUUCACUCAGACAAUUAGUUGAUAUGACACAACAGCAUACACGCACUUUAACCCGUUUAGGACAACCUACAGAAAGCUGGGAUACAUUGCUCAUACAAUUACUCCUACCAAAAUUGGAUGGCAACACCAGAAGAGAAUGGGAAUCCGAAAGAGCGAAUAAGGAGGACCUUCCCGACAUGGAGGAGUUCAUUUCAUUUCUGGAAACAAGAUGCUCAUUUCUGGAGGCCUUAUCUCGUACUAGUACUCUUAUUGUUAGUAUAGCAAAGAACGCGGGUGGCCAUUCGAAGCAUCAGUCCAACAAGCCUUCCAAUCAAAUGCAAGCCCACGUUACCACGGAAACUACUACUUGUCCUGUCUGUCAAAAUACACAUAAGAUUUACAGCUGCCUUAUAUUUCGCGACAUGUCAGUACAAGCUCGAGUAGAAAGGAUUAAGAGCCUUAAGUUAUGCUACAAUUGCUUGAAGCCAUUUCACGGAAAAAAAUGUACUUACGGAUCAUGUAAAAAAUGUAACAAGUAUCACAAUACAUUGAUUCACGCGGAUAGGACUGAUGAUUCGAAUGAGACCACUUCGAUAACGAAAAAAAAUAUUGCUGCUACGGGGCAAAACGUUCCAUUGUCGGAGGAGGGGCAGAAAGCGAGCGAACUCAAUGUAGGCAAUACACAAAACGUGACUAAUGUGCUAGCGUCUCACCAUAACCGCGAUGCCUCAUGCGUCUUACUAUCUACAGCAAUAAUUUAUAUGCGGGACAACACCGGAAAAAUACAUGAAUGCAGAGCACUACUGGAUUCCGGAGCACAACCGAACUUCAUAACGCGGGAAUUAGGCGAGCGUCUAAAACAACCUCUAUACAAUACGGACACUAAAAUCACUGGAAUCACUAUGAACUCAUCCAUAGUAGGACAACAAACCGACGCCACCAUCUAUUCAAGAUUCAACAAGUUUGAAACGAGGCUGUCAUUCCUAGUGGUCGACAACAUCACCGACAAAAUACCGGCAACGAGCAUCGGUGUAGAUUCCUUGCAAAUACCCAAGAAUAUCAAACUCGCAGAUCCCCGAUUUCACAUACCUGGCAAGAUACAAUUAAGCAGGUCUCAGCCUGUCUUCCAAAAAACCAAAUUAGGUUGGGUAAUAGCCGGGAGAGUCGCGAACCCCCAACAAGCCGUAAACGCGGCACAAUGCCACAUCGCCCAGCAGUCUACAUUACAAGGUCAACUUGAAAAAUUCUGGAAAAUUGAAGAACUCGAUUCCAGAACUCAUUUAACUGAACAAGAACAAGCUUGUGAAGAGCACUUCUACCAGACGCAUACGCGCGACCGUCAAGGAAGAUUUGUCGUAAGGAUGCCUCUCAAGGACAACUACGUACAAUUAGGCGACUCUUACGACACUGCCAAAAGGAGAUUAUUAACAUUGGAAAGGAAAUUGGCAAAACAAUUACCACUGAAACAGCAAUACGACGCCUUCAUGCAUGAAUAUCUUAAGCUGGAACACAUGAAGAUCCUAUCAAGGACGGACAGCGAGCUACAGCAACCAAGGUCACACGAAAUCACUUACUAUCUACCACACCAUGCUGUAAUGAAAGAAGGGAGUGAAACCACAAGGUUGCGAGUUGUUUUUGAUGCAUCAGCCAAAACAAGUACAGGACUUUCGCUCAAUGAUGUGCAACUAGUAGGGCCUACUAUCCAGCAAGAUUUAUUCAGCAUCAUGAUGCGUUUCCGUCAACAUACCUACGCAAUUUCCGCCGACAUCUCAAAGAUUACAGAACAGGAGAUUGAUACGUAUGAACUACAAACCGUUACGUAUGGAGAAGCUUGCUCGGCAUUCUUAGCAACUCGUGCACUACAUCAAGCAGCACUAGAUUUACAACAACGAUAUCCCGAAGCCGCUGAAAUCAUUAUUCGCGACUUCUAUGUGGACGAUCUUCUGACGGGCGAUAACGACAUCGAGC